GAUCGGCUCAAGCUGGUAUAAUUACCCAAAGACGAACACUUUGAAGUCUUAAAUGCUUUCUCCCUUAAAAUGAGAACUAUUAUAAUGCUCGAGUUUUGGCCAUGGCGGUGGCUAAGUCGUCAAAGGGCUCUGUUUUUAAUGCAAGCGUGGGUGCCAUUUGAUUUCACUCCCGUGAAUGUGCUUUUGUUGCAAGCCUUAAUGAGAUAUACAGUGUGCUGGUCUUGGAGGCUGAAGCUCUCAUGUUAAGGUACGAUUCGGUAGAGAAGCUAAUUCAGGACUUGGCUGUUUUGGUAGCUGUUCAGAAGCUGGAGAGACAUGGAUCACAUAGGUGACAAAGACAAGUUUGCGGUAGAGAAGAACAGUAGUGUUAAUAAUGUAAGCUGUGAUUCGGUUAACAAGCCAGCAGACUGGCGAGUCUGUGUUUCUAAUCCAGUGUCUUUGCCUACGGAUUCAUAUCCUCCAGGGGAUCCUAUGUCUGUUGGUCCAUCAUCUUUUUCUCAAUCUCAGAUGAUGAAUUCAUUUAGUAAAGCUCUAUGGCAUGAUCCCUCCAGUGUACAGACCACAGGGUUUGGCAGUUUCAGUGUCCAGACUGAUGCAGGUUCUUCGGGUGUAUUGGGUGUUGCAGAUGGCAAUCUUGGCUCUUUCAGGAAUAAUGUUGAUAGACCUCUUGAAACGGGUUGGAAUCUUUCUAAUCCGUUGCCUAAUGGAGACAUUCUUCUUCUGCCUAAUGCAAAUGGGUUCUUCCCCCAUAGCAUGGCUCAGAUCCCAGCUGAUUCGGGCUUCAUUACUCGUGCUGCAAGGUUUUCGUGCUACGGUAGUGGGAUUUUUGGUGAAAUGUUGAACCAACCUCUUGGAGUUCCUGAACCAAUUGGUUUGUAUUCUCAAGUGUGUGGAACAAUGCAACGGCUGCAGGAUAUGCCAGUGGGAACUGUAGCCAAACAAGCUCAUGGAGGACAAUGCUCGGGGAAUGAACUAAAUGUCGGUGAACUUCCAAAGGAUGCUUCUACGGCAGUAAGAGAUGGGUUCAAGAAUGAUGCAGGAACUGUGAUCCAUGUUGGAGCCAACGAAGAAGUUAAAGUAGAUAAACCUGGAUGCAGUCAUAUGUCUGAUGAAACUCGAUCCAGUGGUGGUAAUGGUCGAAAUGAACUGCAAGUUGGGGAAUUGAAAUCUGGGGAAACCCCUUCCAAGUGCUUUGAUAGGAAGAAAAGGAAAAUAAAUAGCCAGUCAGGUGAAGAACCAGACAACAAUGGUGAGAAAAAGGAAAAUUAUGAGCGAAAUACCAAUUUGUCUCCUAAGAAGACAAGUGGAGGGAAACAAGCUUCUGAUCCUCCAAAGGAAGGAUAUAUUCACAUGAGGGCUCGAAGAGGCCAGGCCACAAACAGCCAUAGUCUUGCAGAAAGAGUAAGGAGAGAAAAGAUUAGUGAAAGGAUGAAGUUCCUUCAAGACCUUGUGCCGGGUUGCAAUAAGGUCACAGGGAAGGCAGUUAUGCUCGAUGAAAUCAUUAACUAUGUCCAGUCACUACAACGACAGGUCGAGUUCUUAUCAAUGAAACUCGCAACCGUAAAUCCUCAGCUUGAGUUAAACCUCGAUGGCCUCAUGGCUAAAGAAGCCCUUCAGCUACGACCUGGUCCCUCAUCUGCACCACCAUUUCCCCAAAGCAUCAUGCCAAUGGCUUAUCCUCCUCUACCGCAUCUUUCCCAACCUGGAUUCAUGGAACCGACUCUCUCUUGCAUGAGAAAUCCAUCUGAUGUCCUUAGGCAAACUGUCACUUCCCCAUUGUCUCCCAUGAAUGAAGGAGGAUUCAAGCGACCGGUAUACUCCCUGGCUCUCUCCGUAAGUGAGUAG